CAUUCUUUUACAUGUGCCAGUUGGGUCGAGUGUCACGAAGCUUUUGUGAAGGAUAGGCCCUGGCUUACAUAGACCUGGCGUCCACCGACGUUGGGGAAUGUCAGCAUACAAAUCCCCAUCAAAAUGGAAGAGGGUGAUUGAAAAACAUAAACUUGAGAAGUUCAUCAAGAUGUGCUUGAAAGCGUGCGAGCGUGGGACCCAACUGUCUGAGGUUCGAGACGCCAAGGGCGAGACUCUCCUGCACAUGGCGUGCAGAGCCGAUUGUGAAGACAUGGUCAGGUAUCUCAUCUUCAAGAAGCAUUGUGGACCCAGGGCACUGAACCGUAAGGGGGAGACGCCCCUGUUCAUUACAGUCAAAAUGUUCUUGAAGGCUCUUUCUAGACGAAAAAGAAUUGCAACUUCAGUUCCUCCUGGUGCAAACAUCAUUAAGCUUCUCCUUCUUGAAGAUCAGAGGGCAGCAGGGAUACCAAACAAGGAGAAUGUAUCUGCUGAUGACCUGCUGAAGAAAGCAGAGAAAAUUUCAGGGAUGAAGUUUGCCAGGUCUACCCAGCAAGGCCCUUCCAUGCCAGAGGACACUUGGUUUGAUAAAAUCAAGGCUGAAGCUGAAGAUGAAUAUGGCAGGGCUUGGGGCUCAUAUGAAGAAGAUUUCCUGAUGGGUAGUACAUCAAACCAUGAAACCUAUGAUGACUGGGCUGACAGGAUCAUAGAGGAACGUAAGAAGAAGUUUCAGAAAUGCUAUCCAGAAAAGCAAUCAGAGCAAACAAAGAAAGAAAAGGCUCCUUCUUGGACAGAAGAAGACCAGAGAAGAUGGGAAAUGGAGCAGAAACUGAAGGAAGAACACAGACAGGAAAAGAAGUGGAAGAGCCUGGGAGUGUUGUACGAUCUGCAGUGUGAGACAAUACAGGAGCAAGUUACAGCGUUCUCCAUGUCAGACUUCCCCCUGUUCACCCAACACCCCAUUGAAGAUCUUGAGAAGAUGCUGGACUUCAGAACCAAGACUAUGAGUGCUGAAGAACAAAGACGUUUUGUCAUGAAUGGGCUACGGCUAUGGCACCCUGACAAAUUUUCACGUCAUUUCAAGGCUGAACUUGAAGCUGGUGAUGAAGAAUUCAAGUCCCUCAUUCUGAGAGUUCAGGAGUUUUCAAAACUCCUGAAUAGUCGCAAAUGA